AUGUUUUUCACCGAUGGAAUGGGUUUUGGUGGUGGAGGUCGACAGAGCAGCGGCCCUGUUGACACUCAACUGUACGAUCUCCUUAGGGUCUCCCCGACGGCUUCUCAGGAUGAGAUUAAAAAGGUAAUUUUUUAGGUAUUUUUUUACGAAAUUUAGGUAGUUUGGGCAUAUAAAUCAUGAUUAACUUAUAGUAAAGGGAGUUUUAGAGUUUGUGGUUGUUUUUUAUUUUGAAUAUUUUUAGAUAUCAAAAUGUGUAUAUGAAAGGUACUAUUUUAUAAAAAUAACUUUAUAAAUUCUUUUUUUUUGUUCGGAAUAGUUCUAUCUUUAUUUCAGUCUUAUCGAAAGCUCGCCAAAGAAUAUCAUCCUGACAAGAACCCUAACCACGGUGACAAGUUCAAAGAAAUAAGUGCUGCUUAUGAAAUUCUUUCCGACCCUCGAAAACGUGAAAUCUACGAUCAAGCCGGGUUAGAUGGAUUAGAAGGCGGCGGUGGUGGUGGUGGAUUCGGUGAAGAUAUCUUCAGCAUGUUCGGUGGUGGCGGAGGCAUCUUCAGCCAAAUGUUCGGCGGUGGACGAGGCGGCCGACGUCAACAAAGAAUGAAAGGUGAAGAUACUAUUCAGCCUCUGCAUGUGUCGCUUGAAGAUUUAUAUAAAGGCAAAACUACUAAGCUACAGCUAACUAAGAAGGUCAUCUGUGAUUCUUGUGAAGGGUAAGAGCUGAAGUUCCGUUUUACCUUCUAGGUUUUGUUUUAAUUCGGUAUUGUAUAAUAUUUUCUUUUAAACAAUAUUCAUGUUUUAAAUUUAGAAAAGGUGGAAAGGAUGGUGCUUGUCAAUCUUGUACUAAAUGUCAUGGCCAAGGUCGUGUCUUGGUCACACGCCAAAUUGGGCCAGGUAUGAUUCAACAGAUGCAAAGCAAAUGUCCCGCUUGUAAUGGUGAAGGCGAAAUCAUUAAUGAGAAGGACAGGUGCAAAAAGUGUGUUGGAAAGAAGACGGUUCAAGAUCAGAAGAUUAUUGAAGUCAACAUUACUCCUGGCAUGCGAGAAAACCAAAAGAUUGUGUUCUACAACGAAGGUGAUCAAGAAGUAAGUUUUAAAAUAAAAAAUGAUUGUUUUAUAGGUAUUUUUGUGUGCAAAUUUAUACAUAAUUAGAAAGAGUACUUUGAUAAAAAUUUUGUUUUAGCCAGGAAUCGAGGCUGGUGAUGUUAUUCUUGUUGUCAAAACUAAGCAACACCCAGAAUUCCAACGACGAGGCGAUGAUUUGUGGAUGAGGAAAACGAUAAGCUUGAACGAAGCUUUGUGUGGAUACCAGGCGGUCGUCGACCAACUCGACGGACGUAAAAUACUGAUUAAAACCAAACCAGGAGAAGUUCUUAAGCCAGGCAAGUACUUUUUUUCAAUGUUGACAUGAAUAUUUUAUAUAUGCUUUUGGGAUCAAAAUAUAAUAAUCUAUUGCUAUAUGUAACAAUUUUGUUUUUAGAAUGUAUACGGGCAGUUAAAGGAGAGGGUAUGCCAAACAAGGAUAACAGUGGACAUGGCAGUUUGUAUGUGGUAUUCACCGUUGUUUUCCCAGAGAAUCACUUCCUUCCAGAAGAAAGUUAUAAGGUGAGGAGUCGUUAAUCAUAUAGAAAAUGUUAAUUGCCAGGUUUUUUGAAAUAAUAACCUUUAAAUUUUAGCAACUGGAAGCCUUAUUACCUAAACGGCCACAACCUCCAAUUACCGUCACUCCAGACAUUGAAGAAGUGUCGUUGAGCGAAUUCGACGAAGCUCGUUACGAAAGCGGUGGCGGCCGACGAGAAGCCUACCACGACGACGAUGACAGUGACGACGAGAUGCACGGUGGAGGUGGUCAACGAGUGCAGUGUGCCUCGCAGUAA